AAAAUUGUCCAUAAAUCACUUAAUUAAAAACUCAAGUGAUUUCUUAGAAGAAAAAUAUAUAAAUACUACCAACCUAAAAAAUCCUAAAAAUCUUUAAAGGCUGCUGAAACUUUGCCAUGCUCCAUGUUUUUAGUCUUUGUUCUUCAAUAUCUUUUAUUUUUAAUAUUUACUAAUUUAGUUUAGUUAUUUCUGUUGGGAAAGCCGCGGGAUAGAGAAAGGUGUGUAUGAAAAAAGGAGAUUGUUGCUGUUUUCACAAGGACGACGUGUUCUUCCUCUCUCCUCCUCUAUAUUACAACCUCAUUUCCUUUUUCCCAGAUCAUCAUCAUCAUCAUCAUCAUCAUCACCAUCAUCAUCAUCAUCAUUCCCUGUCUCUGCUAGAACCGAGAUCAUCUGUUCUAAUAUCGAUAAUGGCAACGGGAAAUAGAGGAAGACAACUGCCAAAGUUUGGGGAAUGGGACGCGAGUAGUCCAGGCGCCGCCCAAGGAUUCACCGUCAUUUUCAACAACGCUCGUGACGACAAGAAGACCAAGAAAACAGCUGUUGCAGGACCUGAGAGUCUGGUUACACCUCCGAUAAACAAUGAGUCUCAUCAGAAAAACCACAACCAUCAUAACCAUCAGAACAAAAACCAUCAUAAUAAACGUAAUUCCCAUAUCCCACGAGAAAAGAAGAAAUGGCUUUGCUUCCGUUAAAAUAUGGUUCGGGUCUUUUUUUGAAGAAAACACUGAUAAGGAAGCAGAACCGGUGAGCGGAGUAGUUUUCAAUCUUUGUUCAUUAUAAGCUUGUUGCAAACUUCUUUCUUCUUCGUUGAGUUUCUCUAUUCAACUUUGCUUUGGCUACAUUUGUGUACAUAAAUUAAUAUACGUUGUUCUUGCUGCUUCUUGGUUUUAUAAUACAAAAUAUUUGAGACAA